CCCGGGGCGGGGUCCCGGGGCGGUUGCCGAUGAGAUGCCGAUGAGAUGCCGCCGCUGCCCCGGUGGUGGCCGCGCUCCGCUCCCGGCAGCAGCAGAGGCUCUGCCAUGGACCAGCAGCCUGCUGUGCCAGUGUGACUGAGCAUGUCCCCGAGGUGCAGAACUUUCAGUGCCAGGAGAAGACUUGAGGGAGGAGCUCGGGACGUACAGAUCUCUCAGGCUGACCAGAAGACACAGUGUGAAAGGUAAAUGGAAGAUUUGGAGACUAACCUAAUCCAGACACGAAAAGCAUGUAGAAUAGAGCAAAUGGUAGCAAAAUGGCUUCAUCGCUCUCGGGACAGCGCACCCAGGGGCAGCAUGUCGGCGAUGGACAGCACCAGGGACAGCGUCGUCCCCCCUGCCAGCCAGGCCAAGCUCACCGUCACCGUGUACAAGGACCUGGUCCUGCAGCACUACGGCUUUGAGAUUUGCCCCAGCCUGCCCCUGACCAUCGCGUCUGUCACCGCGGGCAGCACUGCCGAGCGGAAGCUGCAGCCGGGUGACCAGAUCCUCCGCAUCAACUCCAGGGGGGUGGAGGACCUGUCUGUGGAACGAGCUGCCAGCAUCAUCAGGGACGCCGGUGACGAGCUGCUCCUGACUGUGCUGCGCUGCACGUCCGUCACUUUAAGGACAUCUCCAAACACAGCCACGCCUGAUGCAGGGUUUGGGAGUGACUCUUGCCCUGCUCUGAAGGCAGCUCAGAGCCAAGAGGGUGGACCCAAGUCAUCAUUCCUCACCGAGGAGAAGAGGGCGAGGCUGAAAACAAACCCCGUCAAAGUGCGGUUUGCGGAGGAGGUGCUGCUGAACGGGCACUCACAGGGGAGCUCCCUCCUGUGCAUGCCCAACGUUCUCAAGGUGUACCUGGAGAACGGACAGACGAAGGCGUUCAGGUUCGAGAGGAGCACCACUGUGAAGGACAUCGUGCUGACGCUGCAGGAGAAGCUGUCCAUCCGCAGCAUCGCCCACUUCGCCCUUGUGCUGGAGGAGCAGUACAACCUGGCCAAGAUCCACCUGCUGCACGAGGAGGAGCUCAUUGCACAGGUUGUACAGAGAAGAGAAUCUCAUGACUACCGGUGCCUCUUCAGAGUGUGCUUUGUCCCCAAGGACCCCUUGGACCUCUUGCAGGAAGACCCAGUGGCCUUUGAAUAUCUGUACCUACAGAGCUGCAGUGAUGUGCUCCAGGAAAGGUUUGCUGUGGAAAUGAAGUGCAGCCUGGCGUUACGUCUGGCUGCUCUGCACAUACAGGAGAGGAUCUAUGCGUGUGCUCAGGCACAGAAAGUGUCCUUGAAAUACAUUGAGAGGGACUGGGGAAUCGAAAACUUCAUCUCUCCCACCCUGCUUCGAAACAUGAGGGGGAAGGACAUCAAGAAAGCCAUUGGGUACCACCUGAAGCGGAACCAGCUGCUGCUGGACCCUCGGCAGAAGCACCAGCUCACAGCAACCCAGGUGCGCCUGAGCUACCUGCAGAUCCUGGGAGAGCUGAAGAUGUAUAGUGGGAAGAUCUUCAAUGCCACCAUGAUGCUGCAGGACAGGGAGUCGUACGUGGCACUGCUGGUGGGUGCCAAGCAUGGGGUGAGCCAGAUCAUCAACAGCAAGCUCAACAUUGUCACAAGCCUGGCCGAGUUCCCCAGCAUCAGCAGGGUGGAGCUCAGCGAGGAGUCCGAGAGAGUCAGCACAGUCAAGAUCUACCUGCAGGACCUGAAGGUGCUGACUCUGCUGCUGGAAUCAAACAGUGCAAAGGAUCUCGUCUGCCUCAUCAUCGGCUACUACAGACUCUUUGUGGAUGCAAACACCUCCAUAUUUACGUGGGCAGACAAAAAACAGCAGCUGCACCGUGUCUCAGCUGAAGAAGGGUACGAAUCUCGAGCCUGCAGCGACUCUGAAGACUCCUGGGAGCUGGAAUCCUCCUCGGACCGUCGCGGGGACCACCCCGCGGAACAGGGCAGCGAGGAGAGGCCGGGGGAGCCUCGCAGUCCCGGGGGGAACGGCACCGACCCGCGGGACGGGGGUGACAAUGCCACGGACAGCACGUCCGAGGCGUCCGACUCGGCCAACUCCGAGAGCCGGGGGUUCAAGACAAGCGGCUCCAGCGACUCCAUGGACGCGCUGGAGGAAGAUGAGUUGGAAGCGUGUUCCUCCUCCGGGCCAGAGCUGUUCCACUUCUACACGCCGACCGUGCAGGAGAUGAGCAGCUUGGACAGGAACUUCGUCCCUGUGUGUGCAGCGGGGAGCCCCGACGGGGCGGGGGCCCGGGACUACUUUUGCUUCCUGCAGGUGCCGGCGGCAGAGGGGCCCGGGGGCAGCCCCUCCGAGCAGGGCGCGGGGGCGAGCGCGCUGGAGAUGCGGCUGUCCGAGAUGGAUACCGCGGGCUACUACAGCCUGUGCUACGGCACAUCCUCCGCCGGCAGUGCCCACCCCGCGGGGCACGGACACCUCGUCCUGGAGCCGCCCCCGGGCUUCGGCGACUCCAGCUCCGAGGAGGAAUUCUACGAUGCCGCCGACAGGCUCAGCCCUCCAGGCGCGCUGGCAGGCUAUGAUAUGACAUCCCAGGAGGGUACAGAGAACUCCUCCUGCAUCCCCAAGAGACUGAGGUCCUACAGCUUGGGGGAGGACCCAUCAACAGGGCAGACAGUGAGGGAGAAGCACAGGGGGGAGAAGGAGCUGACCUAUGCCAAGAGCCUGAGGAAGAGAAGGUCUUUCCUGAAAACCACUUACACCUCCCAGGUCAGUUUCCCCUCCAUGGGGACCAGCCUCCUCCUCCGUGAGGACACGGGGAAGGACGUGGACACGGGGCUUCCUGUGGCCACCCAGGCCCAGAGGGACGUUGCUGGCACAAAUUCCUGCUGUGACCCGAUGGAGAUGGAGCCUGACACCAUGGAGACAAAGUCGGUGAUGGAAGGAGUGGUUUCAUCCAUUUCGGCGGUUCGCUGUCCUGGUGACCAGCGUGGGGAGGAAGACAGUGGCCUCCUGCCAGAACAACCCCCCUUGCUGUCUGCAGAAGAAGAGGAGUUCCUGCCCAGAGGACAGAGCGAAGCUGCCCAGGAAAGUUCCCCACUGGAGACAGAUCCCAGGGCGCUGAGCCAGGGAAACCGUGUGCCCACUGAGGGCUGGCUGGCCCGAGGGGCGCUGGAGGAGGGGGACGAGGUGAUGGUCACCCAGCACAAGGCUGGGACUGUGACCCCAUCCUGUGACCAGGAGGGGACCUGCCCUGCUGAUGAACUCUUGCUGCCACCACUGGCUCCUGGCCUCAGUGUGGCCCCUGCCCAGGAGGUGGCCGAGGACCAGGGGCUGCUCCCGGCUCCCUGUCAGAAGAGCAGAGCCGGUGGCAGCUGCUGUGCCGAUGGCAGCAGUGACGUGCCCGAGUCCCGGGCGAGGAGCCCACAGGUGGUGAAUGGGGAGGCCCUGCGGAAAGUGCACGAGGGCCACACGGGGUUUCCAGAAGCAGCCCAGCUCCUGGCAGACUGUGGUGCCUCUGGGGUUCUCACCCGCCUCUCCUGGCUCUCGUUUGGGGUGAGGACAGACCUUGCAUCACUCAGUCUGGCACAGGACAGGGUGGAUGUCCCACUCGAGCCUUUGGCCUCUCAGAGAACCAGUGGGUGCACAGGGGCUGAUGUUGUGGGAAGGGAGAUGCCAACAUCCCCAGCUGGAGCAGGCUUUGGGCAGGAGCUGCUGAGCAGCUCGGGGCUGGGUGAUAGUGAUGGGGAGCCCAGAGGACACACAGGGAAUGUGGCUCAACAGCAGCCGCAGCCUGCACAGGCUUUUCCCAGGGAACAGGCUCCUGAGGUGGGGAAGGACUCCUACCUGGCUCCAUCUCCUGGGCUGUUUAACUCCUCAGGCCCAAUUUCCUUGAGCUUGUUGGGGAAAGAGGCAGGAGACCACAGGGCUGUGAAACACUCCUUCCUCUGCUUUAACGAGGAGGAGGGUGAGCAGACCCCUUCCUACCCCAUCCCGGCGAGGCCCUGGGGCUGUUCCCCAGCACAGAGCUCUCUGUGUUCCCCAGCACAGAGCUCUCUGUCCCCACACAGCACCAACAGCUGUGGCUGCCGCCUGCCCUACAUCGGCUGCUUCCACCAGCCUGACAAGGGGGAGCACGAAACCAGCCCCCCUCCAUUUCUGGGGCCCCUCACCACCCCUCCAGCCAGCAGCUCCAGCCUCCCCAGGACCCCUGUGAGCGGGUUCCCAGUGUCCAUCGCGGGGGACAUGGCCGGGCGGGACCCCCAUGUCCAGGCUCUCGGGCAGCUGAAGGACCAGGCGUGGCUGAGCCCCGCGGAUUUCUCCCGCUUCCUGGCCUACACUGCGGAGCUCCAGGAGGUUGUGGGGAAGCUCUCCGGGAACCAGGCCACCCACCUGCAAGAUCAGUGCACAGAGCAGGGUGCAGACAGCAAGGGUGCCCUGGGCUGGGCCUCCCGGGACCUGCUGUCCAGCUGCCAAGCGCUCCUGAGCACGGAGCAGCCUCUCACGGAGAUGCAGCGGGCGCUGAGGGCGACAUUUGACCGCCUGGUUCACCUGGCAGUGACCUGCUUCCAGGUGACGCACUGCUGGCGCUGCAGGCAGAGGCAGCGGGAGCUGGGGGCCGCGCUGGGGGACGUGGUGGGCACCUACCAGGGGCUGGUGCAGGCUGUCCACCAGCAGCUCCACGGGCAGGGCUGCCCGGAGCUGGGGGCCAAGCUCCUUGCCCGCCAGCACAUGGCCCUCUCAGCUGCCAUCUUCUGUCUCCUGCAGCAGUUCAGGGCACCCCCGUGGCUGUGACAGGCUGGGUGGGGGCACACGAUGGCACGGAGGGGACAGAGCCCAGCUGUGUGCCCUCUGUCCACCUCAGGCUCUCCCCCAUGGCCAUGUGCAGCCCCACAGCCCCAGGAUGGCCAUGGGAGGACACGUCCUUCACAAGAGGUGCCACGGGGAGCUGGGCUCCCCAAGAGAUGCUGUGCCCAAGGGUGCUCUCGGAGCACUGCAGUGGCGUGUGUGUCCUGCCCAAGGCUCAUCCCUCACCUCCCAGUGGCCAUGCAGGUGUCCUCUCUCAGGGGGUUGUCUCAGCCACAUUCUGUCACCUGUGGGGAAGGACAGGACCCUUUUGGCCUACCUUUCACCCGCUCCUGGAUUCCCAGGCAGGCUCUGGGACAUCAAACCCCACCCUGGCCUAAUGUGAAGAACCUCAGGUGGCUUUGCCCACCUUUUGUGGCCAAGGGAAUGCAGUGAUCCCAUAUUCAAACACUUUUCCAUGUGAGGGCAGGAAGGGUUGUCCCAGGCUGGGGAGGUAGCACCAUCUCCCUCUCUUCCACUGCAAUUCCUGUGUCAGCAGCAACUCUCCUUCUGUUUGGUGAUGCAUGAGGCAGUCCCUGACUGACUCCCCAGCCCCGUGCUACUCACAGCUCUGGGUCUGCCAGAAGGAACCAGCAAGCCCCAACACCGAAAUGCCACUGUCAGAGCUGUGCAGUGACCCUUCCACAGCCUCCAUGGGCAAGGACCAGCCUCUGUCCCCACUCCCACCAGGUGCAGCUCACCCUGGCCAGGUAUGAGCUGUGAAGGUGGUCUCACUUUGCAUCUCCUGAGAGGCAGCAGUGCAGUGCUUGCCCAAGGGGGGUCACCUCCACCUCCAGCUUGCCAAGAGCCCCCAGGGCACAGCCACCACUGACACCACAACACUCUGGGCCCCUGUUGUGGGUUAACCUGGGGAUAAGCAGAGGUUAACCCCUGGCUGGGGUUAAACCACAACAGCCUCCCAACACCUGUUGCUGGGGCCCCUCUGACAGCCCCACCUGAGCAGAACCCCAGGUGUCAGACACUCUUGCUGUGAAAAGAAAUGAAAACAUAACCAUAGUUACCUCAGAUGGCCCUCAGGUCUCACUGCCAGUGGCCGUGAGGCUUUGGGUCUCUUUUGGCAGCAAUGGCUGAGGUAACACAUCGACACAGCUGCACGAACAUGCUUCCUGCUGGGGCUGUGGGACGUGUCCCUGCUCUGUGCAGGGCACAGCCCAGCCCAGGUACCUCCCAGCAGGACACACCUGUGCAUGUCACACAUGACAAGGUACCACACAUAGUAACUGUAAGGACACAAUGGGGAUCUAAACGUUU